GCAGAGGCGUGGUCCAGCGGCGGGCGGGCACGGUCUCAGCCUUGCAGAUCCCUCUGUGAGGACGUCCGCUGAGCCAGCGAGGAGGCUGUUGCUUUUCUGAGUUGCUCUCUUCCAAGGCUCGGUCCGCUAGUCCGCAUGGCCCGUAAUGUUUCACAAGCAUCUACAUUUGCUUGCUUAACAGUUGGUUUGUGUGGGCCAACUUGUACGAAGUGUGAUCUCGGUGUAUCUUGCUCUCUCCACUCACACCCCGCAAAAGCCAGAACUUAUUUUGGAAUACUGGCCCAUAUAUACAGUCUGUUGGAAAGGAAUGCCCGGUUUAAGAGAUCUGGUGGAAAUCAGCGAGAACUUGCCCGCCAGAAAAACAUGAAGAAAUCCCAGGAAAUUAGCAAGGGAAAAAGAAAAGAGGAUAGCUUGACUACCUCUCAGAGAAAACAAAGGGACUCCGAGAUCAUGCAACAAAAACAAAAAGCAGCUAAUGAGAAGAAGUUGAUGCAGAAAAGAGAAAAAUGAUGACUGACAACUUGGAAAACCUGGGUGCUAUGGCAGACUAGGUGUAUCACAAGCUCUAUGAUCAAGAUUUUGUAGAGUGAACAGUCAUUACAUAUGUUAUGACCUAUCCUUAUAAAAACUAUUUUAAACUUUACCUUUCAGCCUGACUCAGCGUGACAUUUCAGAUCCAUUCUUCAAAGAAUAAAACACUAGCCAUGCUGGGGGGAGGGAGAUAUAAGGGGACUAAAUGGUAAUGGAAAAAAAUACAAUAAAGAUUAAAUCAAAAUAAAA